UAUACUUAAGAAGGUGGUCAAGUGAACAAUCAGUCAGUUAUUCUGCUUUUGCGCUGAACGCAUCAUGUCUCGAGAAGAGGUCACUAUGUUUGUACUAAGAAAGAUCGUGGUUGACGCAUUUAUGUUUGGUGCUUUGGCAUUCAGCAUCUACUUCACACGGUACCUAUGGCCGCCCUUCGAGCGCGGCUUCUUCUGCGGAGACGAGAGCCUGAUGUUCCCCUACAAGAAUGACACCGUAUCUACUACGGUUCUCAGAGCUGUCGGGCUCGGAUUGCCCAUUGCCUUUUUCCUUGUAUGCGAAUGGGUGCUACUUCGGAAUAACUACGAGAAUAAGCGCUGUUUCGGUCUGCGCGUGCCAAGCUGGUUGCGCGGUUUCUACUGCGCUAUGGUCUCCUUUGGUCUGGGCACCUGCUUCGUCGAGCUAACUACCAACAUUGCUAAGAACGUCAUAGGAAGACCACGACCACAUUUCUUUGAUUUAUGCAAACCAUCAGUCGACUGCAGUAUGAUGACGUGGCGCGGGAGGUACAUUCAAGCGGACGAGUACACUUGCACCGGCACUCUAACAGACAAGUUUGCGGACAUGCACAUGUCUUUCCUCAGCGGACACUCGUCCUGGUCCGCGUACACCAUGAUUUAUUUAGCUCUAUACCUAGAGAAGCGUAUGGUUUGGCGCGGCACCCGAGUCCUCCGCCAUUCUCUGCAGUUCGCUGUCGUCAUGCUGAGUUGGUUCACCGCACUGUCUCGCGUCUCUGACUACAAACACCACUGGAGCGAUGUGCUUGCUGGAUAUUGCCUUGGUCUUACGCUUGCUGUAUUGGUGUGGACAUGGGGCACCGACAUCAUACCACAGAAGAAAAAACAUUCCCCGUUGCCGCAACAUGACUUUUCCUUGGCGAUACAUCCACAUGCUGCUGCGCCCGCGUAGCAGAAAUAUAAUAAGUUAAUAAUUAAUUUACGAUAAUACUCAAAAAAUAUUGUCUUAAGGAAAUUGUUCAUAUUUUAAAUUCUAUGUGUAAAUUUUCAUUAUUUUAGUCGUGAAAUUGUGCCAGUUUAAACAUAACAUUAUUUAGUUUAUAUUUACUGUUAAACAUAAGUUAGGUUUAGAGUAUAAGAUAGUAAAUUAUGUACAUUUAUAUUUAAUUCUAAACGCCUGGCAAAAUUUUUAUGACAGUGUUGUGAUGGAAUAUAAAAAUUCGCAUCAAUAUUUGCAAAUAAUGAAGUCUUCUGUGAUAUUAAUUUACGCCAACAAU